AUGAUGGGCCGCGGCAGCGGCGGUAGGCGGGAUGGGCGAGGGAGAGGAAGGGGCGGCGGCGGUAGCUUCGACCGCAGCCAGGACGACAGCUACGGUUUUGUCGACGAAGGUGGGUACAGCGGGAACAAUUACGGCGGCGGAGGUGGGUAUGAUCAAGGCGACCAAGCCCGCGGCGGCCGGGGAGCAGAGAGGGGCUACGGAAGGGCACGGGGACGAUCAGGUGGGCGGGGCGGAGGUAGAGGUCGACGGGGCUACUUCACGGAUGGGCGAGGGGGAGAGGCCCUUGACUUUGAAGGGGACGGUUUCAAUCGCGGCGGUAGGAAUUCUGGACCAGCCGGCGGGAGGGGGAGGGGGCGAGGCAGAGGGCGGCAAAGCUUUGAGGGGGGAGGGAGGCAGCAGCGUGGCGAGUUUGGAAGACGCGAGGGUGGGCACGGAGGGCGAGCUCAUGAAACAGGGCGUGGCGAGGUUUGGGGGUAUGAGGAUGACGAUGACGAUGUGGUGGGGAUCAGACCAACCAGAGCUCCUGCGGAUGCGACUGUGAGGGUAGAGUCUUCGGUGGGCCCUGAUGGAGAGGUGGACGAUGGCAGCCUCGGUAGCCGGAUGGGACCGGUAGACAGAGAGCAUUUCUACAGCAUCAAGAGCUUGCCAGACAUCGGCGCAAGCGACCUGGCGGUGUCGGCGUUGAAAUCUUUGGGAGUGGUCCGGCCUUCCAAGAUCCAGGCGAUCUCGUACUCGGCGAUCUUGACGGGCGAUCACUGCGUGGUGGCAGAUCAGACCGGCAGCGGCAAGACGUUAGCUUACCUUGCUCCGCUUGUGCAACGCCUCAGGUUGGAAGAGCUGGCGGAGGUGCAUGGAAGGGCUAGGCCUGGCAGGCCUCGUGUGCUCAUCUUGGCGCCCACGGCAGAACUGGCGCAGCAGGUGUAUGGUGUUGCACAGCGUUUGUCGGGAAGCGUGCCCUUCCGGUCCUGCUGCUUCACGGGGGGACCGGGUCGGACGUUCAAAACGCAAGCUAAGCUCCUGGAGGAGGGCGUAGACGUUCUGGUGGCUACCCCUGGACGGGUGGCCACUCUGCUGGAAGCGGGAGUGCUGAACCUCGAAGACUGCCGGGCGGUGAUUUUGGAUGAGGUGGAUGUGCUUUUCAUGGACGAGACUUUUCAGCUGGCCCCCAUCGGGACUUGCGCGCCGGAGGACACGCAGUUUAUUUUCGUCACGGCCACCUUACCGCAGAGUGUAUCGGACAUGCUGAAGGAGGAGUUUCCGGGCACCAAGUUCCUUCUCGGACCUGGAUUGCACCGCGUCGCCCCUGGUGUGGAGGAGGUGUUGAUCGAUUGCAGCGGCCCGCCUGGUGAGCCUCGGAACGAGGAGACCGGUUUGGCAAGAAAACGGGAUGCCUUGCUCUCUCAGCUGGAGCGUCGGAUGGCUCUAAGGACGCUCGUGUUCUGCAACACCAUUCAGGGCUGCCGGCAGGUGGAAAACAUGCUGUCCCGGGCCAGCCGGGGUGGUCAGUUCGAGACACUGGUGUAUCACUCCGCUAUCGACCCAAAACAGGCCGCUAGCAACAUGCAGCAAUUCAUGCGGUCGAACGCUCUGAGUCCUAUGGUGAUGGUGUGCACGGACCGAUCUUCAAGAGGGAUGGACUUCGACAGGGCAGAGGUGGAGCACGUGCUACUGUACGAUUUCCCGCGAGAUCCGAUCGAGUACAUGAGGAGGGUCGGUAGGACAGCACGGGCGGGCAGAAAGGGCGUCGUAACUGUCUUAGCAUGGGGGCGUCAGGUACCACUAGUACGGGAGAUCAUGGCGGGAAACAAGAGAGGGAAACGCCUUCUCAGUCUCGACGACUGA